AUGCCGAUGAGUGUCUUUGUUCGAGAGAAAAAUGAAAAGACAGUUCGAAAUUUAAGUAAAGACAAUGUUCGAUUUUUAUGGUUUCAAUUACUGAUUGAUAUUUUAAUUAGAAUACCAUAUAAUGAUCAAGCAAAAGAUGAAAUGUUACAUGAAUGUCGAAAACAUUAUGGAAUACCUUGUAAAGAUGAGGAAGAAGUCGAAGAAAAUAUGACAGUGAAUAAUUAUGCUAAGACAGCAGAAGAGGAUAUGAUCAACUUUGAGAAAAAUUACAAAUCUAAUGAAGCUCUAAAAUUUUAUACAAAUGAUUCAUUUUUAUAUCGUUUAUUUAAUCUAGCUUUACGAACGGAGAAUAUUGAUUUAUUGUUUAUAUUUCGAUUUUUCUUAGCUGAUAUGUAUAAGCAUUUACAAAAAUUAUACUUAGAACAGUUUCCUGAUCAACUUCCGCAUACUGUAUUUCGUGGACUGUUGAUGACGAAUCAAGAAUUCAACAGUCUAAAGGAUAAUAUUGGUCAUUUAAUGUCAAUUAAUACAUUCUUUUCCACCACAGAAAAUCGUCAUGCUGCAGAAAUAUUCUCUAGCUUUGGUGCAGAUCCGAAUAUGCUAUCAGUUCUAUUUGAAAUGAAGUGA